ACGUGUGUUUUUUCCUCCUGGGCUGUCUGGCGUGAAGGCUGUUGAAAGGAGUACGGUAGAAGUGGGAUUGUGGGCAGUUCCUCCCUAUUAAAAUCAGGCUGGAAGUUGAACAUGGCAUUUCAUUCCCUGUGGAAGGCAGUCUCUAUAAUGGAGCAACAUAGGACUGCUUUUUUGUCCAUUUCUUGUGCUGGAUUAUUUGGUGCCAAUCUGACUCUUCACAUCUUCUCAAAGGAGUUGUUCAAAACAAUAUACCAGGCCUGGGACCAUGGAAAGCCAUUGGAGCUUUCAGAAGAUUUGCAGAGCCUGUUCUAUGACAUCCUCCGUGAUGUCAAAGUGAAAUCAGCAGAUUGUUAUGAUGCCAUUAAGACUUGCACGUUGCACCCUGUAAGUGCUGGACUACCAUGGAGACACAAAGGCUGUGUAGUGGGCAUCCCAUAUCAUUUCAGUGAUACAUCCAGUGGUGAACAGCAGAUUGCCAAGAUAGGUGUUUUGCUUAAAGGCAGGAAAGUGGACUGGACAAGCACAGAGGGCCUGACCUUGAAGGAUGCCUUGACGCUUUCUCCAGAGGCUCAGAAGUUUGCCAUUGCAAGAGAGAUUAUCAAUUUGCAACAAAAUAGACCUUUAGCAUGUGCAGCUGUUGGUCCCAUUUGUCUAGCUGGGUCCUGUAUUUCUGGGGUAGCUGUAAAGCAGGUCUUGGGCUUAUAUUAUGCUCCAGUGCUAUUCCGAGGCAUUUACAACAUGGCAGUUGUGGCACUUGGGUUUGUGGGCUAUUGUCUGUUAUACGAUACCAUAAGCCAGGCAUUUGAUUAUAGGACAGACAGAAAUACAGCUUCCAUUUCUCCCAGCUUUGCUAGGGGUGGGGUGGAGUUCUACAGUAAAGUUCUGUCACAGAAUAAGGCUUUUCGGACUAUCAUGGGUAAAGAAGGAGAACAGAUAUAUGCCUCCAAUGGUAAUAUUCUCCCAAAGUUCAGAUUAAAGCAUCCAUCGUACACUUCCAGAAGAAACUUAAUUAUUAAUAUGUUAAACCCACCCCAGGCAUAGGGAAGACAUGGUUAAAAUUUAAGUUAAUAAAUUAUGGGUUGUUUCUUUUUUUUUUAAGCUGCAGCCUGGUUUUGGUUUUCUUAAAAUGUCAUUACUAGUAACAUAUGGGAAAGAAAGAUGAUUGGCAGUAUCCAAGUCCUACAUUCCCUGGAUUAAAUUUAAAAAAUGUAAACCUCACAUCAAAAGGGCCUGUGUUGUAGAUGUCCUUAAAUCCACAUUAAAAUCCAAGUGUUGUCUGCCAGGCCAUAAGCUGAAAAAGUUGACUUUUUCUUUCUCUUACAACUUAUUUUGAAAGAAAUUAUUAGUUUAUCUUUACUUUGCAAAAUAUUUUGAACAAGAAAAAAAAAUGUGCAUAGGUUGUUGUGACCAUUUUAAUAUUAAACGGUGAUAAUACAUAAACUGUAUAAGUCCAAAGUGUUAUCUAAUGGUAUUUGGGGGAAAGCAAGUUUGUAACUGCAGGCUGUGAAAAAAAAGUUCAAUAUUGAUCAUUUAGCAGCCUUCAGAAAGUUUUGCUUAUUUAUAUUUUUUAAAAAUAUAUUACUUAUGUAUAUCCUGCCUUUCUUCUGGGAGUUCAUGGUAACAGAUAUCUCAUUUUCUUCCCACAAUAAUCCUGUGAAGUAGGAUAGGCUGACAGAUAAUAACUGACUGUUAAUUAUGAUUAUGUAUUCAGAUCCUGCAGGCAUCCUGUCUUCUUUAAUUGUAAUAAAUCAUCAUCAUCUCUGUCAUUUGUUACCCUGAUACUUCUCAUACAAUUCCAAAGUCCUUGGAAAACAUAUCCUAUGGAAUAAAAUUCCCACAGAAAGUCUAGUAAGCAUGUUCCCAUCCCUCCCUUUCUUCCUUCAUUAGCUCUUGUUUAAAUUGUGUGGAAUAUCCCGCAGGAUAUGCUUCUGCUAUGCUUGUCUUUCUGUGUCUCACACUGAAGAACAUGGGAGAUGCUUCUACAGCCCUUAGAAGCAUUGCAAGUACCACAAUCA